GUCUAAUAUUCCUCUAAACUCCUCUUACAUGAAAGAAAAAAAAUAUUUUCGCGAUAAUAUUUUUGCAAAUAUACAACAAAGAAAUAGAAAUUAUUUAUAUCGCUUCAACUAUCUUCAAUCUAACCACCGGAGAAGUAUUCAUUGAAAAUAAUAAAAUUGAUGAUGAUUGAAUAUUUUAUCAUACGUGAUACUAAUUUUUGAAAGUUAAAGAAACAUGGCGUAUGAAAAUAUGUUUUUGAAAUUAUAUAGUUUAAUUGUGCUCCCCAGGGUUGCACUUACCGGGAGUUUUUAUGGUGAUCUUAUUGAUAACAUGUUAUCGGAGAGUCGAUACGAGAACAAAGUUCGACCGUACUUUUACGAAAAAAAGCCGUUAAAUAUCACGACGAGAUUAGUAGUGAUAGCUGCGGAUGAUAUCAAUGUGAAUGCAAUGGAUUUCAAAUUGGAGUUACGGCUAGCGAUGACGUGGCAAGAUUACCGUUUAAAGCAUAAUCAUUCACAUCACUUAAUGCUUGGUGGUGACCUCGCACACAGAGUCUGGAUACCCGAUGUUUAUGUUGUGAACGCAAAGGAGAUAAAUGGCCACAAAACAACAGAAGAUAAUGAAAUUAUGAUUAUCUAUAACAACGGUACUGUUUAUUAUAGCUUAAGAUUAAGUAUCCGUGCAUCCUGUCACGUGGAUCUACAUAUGUUUCCGUGGGAUACUCAGAAAUGCUCGUUGAUUAUACAGAGCUAUAGCUGGGCUUCAAACGAUAUCCGUUUCUAUUGGCAUAAUGAUGGACAGCAAGGAGCCUCGUAUGUACAAAGUCUAAAAGAAAGACCAAUGGCCCAAUAUGACUUGAAUGAGUUUAUACUGCGUGCAGAACAACUAAGAAAUUUUCAAGAUGGUUCGGAUGAAAAUUUAUGGUCAUCACUCGAAGCACUGUUUUCAUUUCGCAGAUUAAAUGGAUUUUAUUUGAUCCAGAUACUUGCCCCUUCAAACUUUUUGGUCAUUUUAUCUUGGGUCUCGUUCUUAAUUAAUCCUGAUCACGCUCCUGCACGGGUGUUUUUGGGCACAUCGUGUGUGCUUACGAUGGCUGCCAUACAGAAUUAUAUCAACAUGUCACUACCGAAGGUCAGCUACAUCAAAAUAAUCGACGUAUAUAGUUUAUCAUGUUACUUCUUUGUUGUACUUGUCAUGGCAGAAUACGCCCUUGUCUUGCUGUUAAAUGAUCGUGUGAGAAAAGAGAAGAUAUUUAAAGAGGAAAAUAAAAUUCCAACAGUGACAAAUAAACGAAUACAACGUAUCAGUUCGUUCUGUAAAUUUUGGCCUCAACUGAAACUUUGUAUCCAUGGCAAUCCAUUUUGCAUGCAUAUACCUGUUCAUGCGGGACGAACAGUGGACAAGACUUGCAUUAUACUAUUCCCAGUUGUAUAUAUCAUCUUCAACAUAGGGUUUUGGACUCAUGUUGGAACAAGCAUAGAUGAAGUGAACAUCGAAUCAACAAAAGAAUUUUUUCUUUGAGUAAUUUGCACUGGUAACAGUUUAUUGCUAACAUAGACAGGAAAGAUAAUAAAAUAUAAAAGAACAAUUAAUGUAAAAAAAAGUAUGUUAUUUUUUCAGAAAAUUUGAAAAGGAA